UUCACUGAAUGUUACAUAUAGAACCUUUAUCAGACUCUAAUCUGGUUUCUUGUGGUGCAGCUCCUCCGAGGAACACCACUGUCCUCGUCUUGCCGUCUUCAGUGGUCCAGGAGGGACAAAACGUCAUUGUCUGCUGCCAAACCAUCAGCUUCCCACCGUCAGCCGUGGUCCUGAAGAAACUGACCAAUGGGAUGGAGCUAUAUUCCCCCAACGGCACCUUCCUAUUGGUAAAUGUAACGGCUAGAGACUCCGGGCUAUACCAGGUCAACGUGACCAACAGCCUUGGAUACCAGGUCAAAGUCUUCAGCAUCAGCGUCAGAGAAAGAAGCACCAGCCAUCCUCCCAGUCUCAGCGGCAUCAUCAUCCUAGCCGUCUGUGUCGCCACUGGGCUUGCAGCCUCUGCUCUGAUCCUCGACUACCUGAGGAGAUCCAGGAAGAAAGGCUUCUAUCAGCUGCCCCAGUCUGCUCCGCCCUCAGCCUGAGGCUGACACGUGGCUACCA